AGUGACGCAUGCAUGUGUGGAAAAAGAAAAGUCCUGAGAAAAAUAUUGCCUUUAAUAACAGUUCAAAUAUUGCAGCUGGUUUGAAAACAGUGCAAAACUACAAAGUUUGAAUCUUUCAACUGAAACAUUAAUUACGUAAGAACUACUCAACAGAUUAAUCCUUGUUCCAUGGAGAGUGAAAGCAAUUUUGCAGAAGUGACAGGAAACAAACCUAUGGAUUCAGCAGAGAAGAGACUUAAUGAGCUUGGUUACAAGCAAGAACUAAGAAGAGAAAUGACUAUGUUCAAAACUCUGGCUAUAUCAUUUUCAACAAUGACCCUUUUCACUGGAAUCACACCUCUAUAUGGUUCUAGCCUUCAAUAUGCAGGCCCUGCAAGUCUUGUUUGGGGAUGGUUAGUGGUUUGUUUCUUCACUUGGUUCGUUGGGAUUGCAAUGGCUGAGAUAUGUUCAUCCUUCCCGACAACUGGUUCUCUAUACUUUUGGGCUGCACAUUUAGCUGGUCCAAAAUGGGGACCAUUUUCUUCAUGGUGUUGUGCUUGGCUUGAGACCAUAGGUCUUAUUGCUGGGAUAGGGACUCAGGCAUAUGCAGGAUCACAAACAUUACAAAGUAUAAUCCUACUCUCAACAGGAACAAAUAAAGGUGGAGGGUACUUUGCCCCAAAAUGGCUAUUCUUAUGUAUGUACAUUGGCCUCACUGUUAUAUGGGCAGCACUGAACACAUUUGCAUUAGAAGUCAUCGCCUUCAUCGAUAUAAUUUCAAUAUGGUGGCAGGUUAUUGGUGGGACAGUGAUAGUGAUAAUGUUACCUCUGGUGGCACUAACUACACAACCUGCUUCAUAUGUAUUCACACACUUGGAAUUAGCACCUGAUUCAACAGGAAUAUCAAGCAAACCAUAUGCAGUCAUUUUAUCAUUUCUUGUGAGCCAGUAUUCCCUCUAUGGAUAUGAUGCUGCUGCACAUCUAACUGAAGAAACUAAAGGUGCAGACAAGAAUGGACCCAUAGCAAUACUAGGUAGUCUUGGGAUCAUUUCAGUUUUUGGAUGGGCUUACAUCUUGGCACUUACAUUCAGCAUUCAGGACUUCGCUUACCUUUAUGAUCCAAAUAAUGAGACUGCUGGAGCAUUUGUGCCAGCACAAAUCCUCUAUGAUGCAUUCCAUGGAAGAUAUCACAAUUCUGCUGGAGCAAUUGUUCUACUUUUUGUCAUUUGGGGUUCAUUCUUCUUUGGUGGACUUUCAAUCACUACAAGUGCUGCCAGAGUGGUUUAUGCAUUGUCAAGAGACAAGGGAGUUCCAUUUUCAUUCUUAUGGAGGAAACUACAUCCAAAGUACAAGGUUCCUACAAAUGCUGUAUGGCUAUGUGCAGGAAUAUGCAUUCUUCUUGGUCUACCAAUCUUGAAGGUCAAUGUAGUAUUCACAGCAAUAACUUCAAUAUGCACAAUUGGAUGGGUUGGUGGCUAUGCAGUUCCAAUCUUUGCAAGAAUGGUUAUGCCUGAGAAGAAUUUUAAGCCUGGACCUUUCUAUUUGGGAAAGGCAAGAAGACCAAUAUGUUUGGUAGCAUUUCUAUGGAUUUGUUACACAUGUUCUGUAUUCCUUUUGCCAACUCUUUACCCAAUUACUUGGGAUACUUUCAAUUAUGCACCUGUUGCUUUAGGGUUAGGUUUGGGUAUAAUAAUGCUUUGGUGGGUAUUAGAUGCAAGAAAAUGGUUUAAGGGGCCAGUUAGAAAUAUUGAUGCUCAAAAUGGGAAGGUAUAAAUUAUUUUUGAUAACUUUGAAAGGAUAGUUGGUGGAAUAUUCUUUAUGUAAUACUUGUUCCUUUUGAAUUAUACAUUCUAUGGUCAACAAAAUUAGAUUAGAUUAAAUGAUUUAUUUGUAACCUUCUUUCAUAGUGCAUUUGGUUUCGAUGUCCUUUGGGGAUGUUAGUAUUUUUAUUUA